CUCCCCUUGGAGAAUAUACAGUUUUCUUUUUAUUUGUCACAACGCUCCCUUUCUUUUUUUUUCCCCUUCUCCUCUCUUGUAAUCCAAUGGUUGGAAGUCUAUAACUGCGAUGCUGCGUCGCCGUGUGGUCCAGGAGGAGAAGUCCUCCCAGGAUGCCACUGACACUUCCACUUCCACUACCACCGUCACAACGGUGACUGUCGAGAGACCCUCGCUGGGUAAACGCGAGUCGUUCAUCACGAAACCGAAGAGCAAGCGGCGCAAUGGAUUGAUUUUCGCGUUGGGCGGGCUGUUCGGUCUGCUGGUUGCCUUGUUCUUUGCCAACCAUCAGGAAGUUAUCAGCUUCGAUGGGCUCAUGGAUCUGAAUCUCGAGUCCUUGAUCGAUGUGAUUCCCCAGGGGAUUGUCAAGGACGUGAGAGAAUUCGAGAAACACGAACGUGAUGCCGUCAAUUACGAUUCCUUCGCUGUCGGCCUGCACCUACAGUCACAGGGUGUGCACGCGAAACACCCCGUCGUCAUGAUCCCCGGCGUCAUCUCGACGGGUCUCGAGAGCUGGGGAACGGAUAUCCCCUCGCGGCCAUACUUUCGCAAGAGGCUCUGGGGCAGCUGGAGCAUGAUGCGGGCGCUGGUGCUGGACAAGACCGGGUGGAAGAAUCACAUCAUGCUGGACAAGGAGACGGGCCUGGAUCCGCCGGGCAUCAAGUUGCGGGCAGCGCAGGGAUUCGAUGCGACGGAUUUUUUCAUCACGGGCUACUGGAUCUGGAACAAGAUCCUGGAGAAUUUGGCAACGGUCGGCUACGAUCCCACCAAUGCCUUCACGGCCGCGUACGACUGGCGGCUGUCGUACCCGAAUCUUGAGUUGCGUGAUCAGUACUUCAGCCGGCUCAAGUCCUACAUUGAGACAGCGGUGCACGUCGGCGGGGAGAAGGUGGCGUUGACCUCGCACAGCAUGGGCUCGCAGGUGGUCAUGUACUUCUUCAAGUGGGUGGAGAGCGACGCCCACGGCAAAGGGGGUAAGGACUGGGUCAACCGGCACAUCGGGUCGUGGAUCAACAUCAGCGGUUGCAUGCUGGGUGCCGUCAAGGGGCUGACGGCCGUGCUGUCCGGCGAGAUGCGCGACACGGCCCAGCUCAACACCUUCGCUGUGUACGGGCUGGAGAAGUUCCUGUCCAAGGAGGAGCGCGCGGAGAUCUUCCGCGCCAUGCCGGGCAUCUCCAGCAUGCUCCCCAAGGGCGGCGAGGCCGUCUGGGGCAAUGCCACCUGGGCGCCGGACGACCAGCCCGGCCAGCGCGUGACGUUCGGCAACCUGAUCAACUUCCACGAAACCAACUCGUCGUUGACGCGCAAGAACCUCACCGCCACAGAGAGCCUGGAGUACCUACUGGGUCAGAGCGAGGACUGGUACCGCAACCAAGUGCUGGGCAGCUACUCGCACGGUGUCGCCCACACGGCUGCCGAGGUUGAAGCCAACGAGGCCGAUCCGCGCACCUGGCUGAACCCGCUCGAGGCCCGCCUGCCGCUCGCCCCGGACAUGAAAAUAUACUGCUUCUAUGGCGUUGGCAAACCCACCGAGCGCAGCUACUUCUACCAGGAAGAACCCGAUCCGCAGGUCAACCUCAACGUCAGCAUCGACACCACCGUCACCACCGACGACGCCACCGUCGACCAUGGCGUCCUGAUGGGCGAGGGCGACGGUACCGUCAACCUGCUCAGCACGGGCUACAUGUGCGCCAAGGGCUGGCACAUCAAACGCUACAAUCCCGCCGGUGUCCAGAUCAAGGUGUUUGAAAUGCCGCAUGAACCGGACCGCUUCUCGGCCAGAGGUGGCCCAAACACUGGCGACCACGUCGACAUCCUCGGCCGAGCCUCGCUGAAUGACCUGGUCCUCCGCGUGGCAGGCGGCAAGGGCGACCAAAUCGAGGAGACCUUCUUCUCGAAUAUCCGCGAGUAUGCGGAGCGUGUACAGAUUUUUGAUGAUGAAUGGCAGGCGUAG